GUUUGUAUAAAUACUGCAGACGAACAAUUAGAAGCGUUUUGAAUUGUGAUAGAGAGAGAGAGAGAGGAGACUAAAACUUCGGCAUGUCAACAGUACUUAUAUUCUCAAUAGUCUUUUUAUGCUGUUGUAUUAAUCUGGGCACUCUUGCACAAUUUACUGGAUUCAAUUUCAACGGCAAAAGUAAAAUUGCCACUGAAGGAGUUCCAUUUUCUAUUCCUGUUACAAUUGAAAACCCAACAACCGAUUUAGAUUGUCAUGUUCUUAUACAGACAAGUUUGAAAUUAGAAGCAACGACAAAUGAUAUCUUUCCAGCUGGUCAAGUGAAGACAAUAAACUUUCUUUUCGUAUUUGAUUCCUCAAUAGCCGACAAACCUUGCUCAACUGCAAUUGCUCAAUUGGAACUUAGGUGUAGUAUGGGUUCUUUCAAGAAGGAUAUCGAGACUAUUAGAGUUAAAGAUGCGGAUGGUACUGGUUGCGACGACCCUCAUUUUAAACAAAUCAUUCAAGGUGUAGAUGGUUCUAAUUUGCAAACUAUUCAAAUGAACGUUUGUUACGAUCUCUACGGAAAUUCUGGCGAUAUAUAUGAAAUUCUAACUGACAAUAUUCUUGAUUUGUCCUUAUUUAUUCAACUCAGAGGCGAUUAUUAUAUUGGUAGAAUACUCUUGAAAACUGCUGACGGAUUUAUUAAUAUUUCAACUCAAUUGAUUUCUUUACCAAACUAUCUGACAUUCGAUUGGAAUUCCGGUCAGUUUACGCCUGUCGAAUCAAAUAUCGCUUCACUAGUCCAUGUACAAUUCAAUGAAAAUGGCGAUAUAUAUAUCAAUUCUAUUAGUAACAAUGAGCGAGAAGAACGCUUCUUUGCUAUUGAGAUUAGUAGAGUUUAUCAAAAAAUCGGUAAAUAUUAUCUCAAUUUUCGUCUAAAAACAAACAGUGGUAGGGGAAACAAUGACGGAGUUCUCGAUGAUACCUACACUGGACUCAUGGCUCAUGUCUAUAAUUCUCGAUAUAAAUUCUAUUAUCCCGUUCAAGAAUUUCAUACAAACACCGUUGUUAACGUCAAUGGUCGUUUUGUUCAAGCAUGGAUGAAAAAUUCACCGACAAUAGUCAAAGUAGACGAAGAUAACGAAAAAGAUGAAUCAGAUAAUAAGAUUUCAAGUUCAAGUUGUAUAUCUGUUCGAUUAAACGAUUUAAUUUAUCCGAAAACUGCCAAACAUUUCAAAAUAAAAACAUUGAAUAAGAACAUUCUUCCUGCUUAA